AUGGCGGAAGUAACGACGAUCUUCCUUCCUUCAUACUUAAUGCAACUAUUACCGCUGCUGCUCCUUCUAGUUACACGUAGCGAUGCAAUCCCUAUCGAUAACGGUGUCGAGGGCGAACCGGAAAUCGAAUGCGGCCCUACAUCUGUAACUGUUAAUUUUAAUACAAGGAAUCCAUUCGAAGGUUAUUUAUUCGCUAUAAUUUUAUGCGCGAAACAGUGGCGUAACCAUAUUUUUCUCAAGGAUAAUUUCGUUUAG